AUGGAGAUUGCUUCCCUCGAGAAGUUCCUUCAGGAGAGGAUCAAAGUCGGUGGUAUAGCUGGUGCACUUGGUGAUUUUGUCACAACCACUCGUGAGAAGAACAAGAUCACUGUCACUUCUGAUGGCCAGUUCUCCAAGAGGUAUUUGAAGUACUUGACAAAGAAGUACUUGAAGAAGCACAACGUGAGGGAUUGGCUGAGAGUGAUUGCGGCCAACAAGGACCAUAACCUCUAUGAGUUGAGGUAA